GGAGCUGCGGAGCGGCGGAGCUGCGGGGCCAUGCAUCCCCCGGGCAGCGGCCCCACGGCCUCCCCCGGCCCCGCCGCCGUCCCUCCGGCGGGAGCCGAGCUGCUGCGGUGGCAGUGGCAGGAGGUGCAGGUGCCGUGCCUGGUGGCCGCCUGGAUCCUGGUGGCCAGCCUGGCCAAGAUCGUGUUCCACCUGUCCAGAAAGGUGACAUCCGUUGUGCCGGAGAGCUGCCUCCUCAUCCUGCUGGGGCUGGGCCUGGGCGGCAUCGUGUUGGCCGUGGCCAAGAAACCCAAAUACCAGCUGGAGCCCAACAUGUUCUUCCUCUUCCUCCUGCCCCCCAUCGUCCUGGACUCGGGCUACUUCAUGCCCAGCCGCUUGUUCUUCGACAACAUUGGUGCCAUCCUCACCUAUGCAGUUGUGGGCACGCUCUGGAACUCCUUCACCACCGGCACUGCGCUCUGGGGGCUGCACCAGGCAGGGCUGAUGGAUCCAGGCGUGGAAGCUGGGCUGAUGGAUUUCCUGCUCUUCGGCAGCCUCAUCUCAGCUGUGGACCCUGUGGCAGUGUUGGCAGUUUUUGAAGAGGUCCAUGUAAAUGAGACCCUCUUCAUCAUUGUGUUUGGCGAGUCCCUCCUGAAUGAUGCUGUCACUGUGGUGCUGUACAAGGUCUUCAACUCUUUCGUGGAGCUGGGUCCAGCACACAUCCAUGCCACGGACUACGUGAAGGGGGUAGCCUCCUUCUUCCUGGUGAGUCUGGGGGGCACGGCCGUGGGGCUGCUCUUCGCCUUCCUUCUGGCCCUCAUCACACGGUUCACCAAACGUGUGCGCAUCAUCGAGCCGCUCUUUGUCUUUCUGCUGGCCUAUGUUGCCUACCUGGCUGCUGAGAUGGUCUCGCUCUCUGCCAUCCUGGCAGUCACCUUCUGCGGGAUCUGCUGCAAGAAGUAUGUGGAAGCCAACAUCUCCCAGAAAUCCCGCACCACAGUCAAGUACACCAUGAAGACAUUGGCCAGCAGCUCAGAGACCAUCAUCUUCAUGUUUCUGGGCAUGUCAGCUGUAGACACUUCCAAGUGGGCAUGGGACACCGCGCUGGUGCUGGGCACCCUGUUCUUUAUCCUGCUCUUCAGAGCUGUGGGUGUUGUCCUCCAGACCUAUGUCCUCAACCGCUUCCGCCUCAUCCCCCUGGACAGGAUUGACCAGGUGGUCAUGUCAUACGGUGGCCUCCGCGGAGCCGUUGCCUUCGCCCUGGUCAUCCUGCUGGAUGAGGCAAAGGUGAAAGCCAAGGACUACUUUGUGGCAACGACCAUCGUGGUGGUGUUCUUCACUGUCAUCGUGCAGGGCCUCACCAUCAAACCACUGGUGACGUGGCUGAAGGUGAAGCGCAGCGACCACCACAAACCCACGCUGAAUGAGGAGCUACAUGAGCAUGCCUUUGACCACAUCCUGGCGGCAGUGGAAGACAUCGUGGGACACCACGGCUACCACUACUGGCGGGACAAGUGGGAGCAGUUUGACAAAAAGUACCUGAGCCAGCUCCUGAUGAGGAAAUCUGCCUACAAGCUGCGGGACGAGAUCUGGGAUGUCUACUACAAGCUGAACAUCCGUGAUGCCAUCAGCUUUGUGGACCAGGGUGGCCACGUGCUGUCAGCUGCCAAGCUGGCACUGCCUUCCAUGCCCAGCCGCACGUCCAUGUCAGAGUCGUCAGUCACAAACCUGCUGAGGGAGAGCGGGAGCGGUGCGUGCCUGGACCUGCAGGUGAUCGACACAGUGCGGAGCCGGCGGGACAAGGAGGAUGCAGCCAUGCACCACGUGCUGCGCGGGAGCCUCUACAAGCCUCGGCGGCGGUACAAGGCCAGCUACAGCCGUCACUUCAUCUCUCCAGAUAAACAAGAGCGCCAAGAUAAAGAGAUCUUCCGGCAGAACAUGAAGAGGCGCCUGGAGACCUUCAAGUCCACCAAGCACAAUGUCUGCUCCUCCAAGAGCAAAGCCAGGCUGAAGGAAAAGGGCAGGAAGAAGAAAAACAUCUCUCUGCCCAGCGAUGCACCCAACGGGAGGACGCACAGAAACGUCCCCUGGCAGGAGGCGGCUCCCGUGCUGGUGACGGUCAGCUCUGAUGAGGAGGAGAGCGAUAGCUCAGAGACAGAGAGAGAGGAUGAUGAAGGGAUCGUGUUUGUCGCUCGUGCCACCGAUGAAGUCCUGCAGGGAAAGACAACCCCAGGCAGCCUGGACGUCUGCCCCAGCCCCUGCAUCAUCCCGCCAUCACCCACCUUGGCAGAGAAGGAGCUGCCAUGGAAAGGAGACCAGGCUGACCUGGCUGUUUACGUCUCCUCGGAGACCACCAAAAUCGUGCCGGUGGAUAUGCAGAAAGCAUGGAACCAAAGCAUCUCCUCCCUGGAGAGCAUCGCCUCGCCGCCAGGCAUCGAGACAGGAGCACAGCACAGGAGGUUCGCCCGCCCCAUGCUGGAGAAGCAGCCGCAGUCAGCGAGCCAGGCGACGCCGGAGCAGGUCUCACGUUUCCAGUUCCCCAGCCAUAUAUCCAAGAGCAGCAGGUCGAAGAGCGACAGCAGCCCCGAGGGCGCGGAGCAGCAGGAGCUGCAGCCCCUGAUGGGCACAGAGGAGCAGGGCAGGGGGCUGCCCCCCGCCGAGCACCGACGGCUUGCAUUCAGCAGAGCCAGCCACAUCUGAAACGCAGGGCAUGCGGGGCAGACUGCCACCCACCAGCUGCUCCGCUGUCGUGCUUCGUGAAGCUUCUGCGUGUCUCCUCCAGCUCCAGGAGCAGCCGGAGAGCUCUGGGGCUUUGCUCAUGCUGAUGCAAGGCUGGUAGAUAGAUGGGCGCGAUGCUGUGAGAGCAGACACCAGUCCCAUCCACCCAGGGGGCACAGACCCCAAAUCUGGCUCUCUUGUUCUCUGGUCUUUGUCUCCUGUAUUGCAGCACUGGGAGGCCAGAGCUGUUCCUCCCAGACAUGGUCUUGAUGCCACUGUGGCUGUGCCAGCGUGAGCUUUGGGGUUCUGGCUGACCCUCCAGCCUCUGCAGGAGGCUGCUGCACAACAGCCCAUCCCCACCCGGCCUUUGGCUUCCAGGAACCGGGUUGCUCAGAGCACGCAUGGACCUCAGCUGGGAGAGCAGAGAUUGGCCCCUUUCCACUGCAGCUCUGUCCCCUGGGUUCUGGAGGCACUGCAGAAGCAAAGCCAUGAUCUUCUCAGGACUGAGGUUUGGCUCCACCGGGAGCCAGGCUGCAUACGCACAGGGACUCUUCUGGCACUCGUUUGGCUGUGCCAGCCCCACUCUGCUCAUCCAGGUGUGCUCCCCAUGGCUGCAGCAUUCUGUUUUCUGGCUUUGCUAGGAGACGGCAGCCCUGCAUGGCACCCUUCAUCCUGCCUGCAUCCCAGUCCCUCUAGUUGCCUGGGGCUCGUCAGCUGGGAGGGCACCAAGGAGAGCAGCAGAGCUGAAUGUAAAGCGGGAGCAGGAGAGAUGGGUAAGAGCGGAUGGGUGAGAGCUGAGUGCAUCUGCAAAGCUCUGCCCCCCAGCCACCCCAGAGCCCACCCAAGAGGGAUCCCAAGAUCUUGUUCCCCAAGAUCUGCUCAGAGCUCAGCACAGCUGGGCACAGGAGACCCCUGGAGUGGGGAUGCUCCAAUCUGGGCUGCUAACAUCCAACAGCAAGCAUAGGGCUGCCCAUUGCAGCUGCCUGGGGUGCUGGGUCUGCAGGUGUCAGGGGAUAUUUCAGUGCACUGGGUGAAUGAGCCCUGUGUGGGGCAGGCAAGGCGGUGGCACCUGGUGCUGCUAGCAAGGCCGUUCUGCUCUGUACCUGCCCUGCCGACUGGAGCAUGUGGUUUUUAAAAGGUUUUUAUAUAGUUUUGCAUUUCUUGUAUGCCUUAUUCCAGUUUUGAUUUCUGAUAUUGGGCCAUACUAAAUCUCUAGCUGGGUCAGUGUUUUCUGUAGCCAUGGGCACCACAAACAACUCCAGACUUAGUAUCUUAUUUGCAAGAAUAUUGUUUUAAUGUGAAACCAUAUGCAGAGUAUUUUGUAAUGUUCAAUAAAUCAGAGUUGGAGCAGGUG